AAAAGUAAGUGCACUGUGCGUUUGGAAAAAUCCACACAUCCACGCAGCGGAGCUGGAGUUGCCUCCCAACUCAACGUGAUACCCGUGGGAGGGAGCGCGCACUGCUGUGCACGUGAACGCACCUUAGGAUCCACUGUACACAAUCUUUGGAUGAGAUCUCCAAGAAAAGUUUGCGCGCGGCGGAGAGCACUCUGCGUAAAAAGGAUCUUGCAUUGCGCAGAAUCUCCCUUUACAGGAGAGGGGCGCGCGUCCAGCUCACAGGAUGCGAGUACAGUGCGCUGAAUGUUGUUGCGAGCUUUAGGGCAGGAGGGGGAGAAUUAACUAAAAAAAAACUGAUUGUGGAUAAGUACAGAGCGCUCAGACGCAAUGUCCGCUAUACGAAGGAAAUUUGGGGAGGAUUAUCAGAUGGUGAACACCAACCGCACUGUGACUUUUUCUGCACCGGUGAAGAAAAAGAGGCAGCGAUUUGUGGAGAAGAACGGCCGCUGCAAUGUUCAGCACGGUAACCUUGGAGGAGAGACCAGCAGGUACAUCUCAGAUCUCUUCACAACGCUGGUGGAUCUGAAGUGGCGAUGGAACCUGCUCAUCUUCAUCCUCACUUACACAGUUGCGUGGCUGGUUAUGGCUUUCAUGUGGUGGGUGAUCGCUUACAUCCGAGGUGAUCUGAGCCACGCCGGCCACGACUCGUCCUACACCCCGUGCGUCGCCAACGUGUACAACUUUCCCUCGGCUUUCCUGUUUUUCAUCGAGACCGAGGCGACCAUCGGCUACGGCUAUCGCUACAUAACGGAGAAGUGCCCCGAGGGGAUCAUCCUCUUCCUCUUUCAGUCUUUGCUGGGCUCCAUCGUGGACGCCUUCCUCAUCGGCUGCAUGUUCAUCAAGAUGUCGCAGCCGAAGAAGCGCGCAGAGACGCUUAUGUUCAGCCAGGACGCAGUCAUCUCGCAGCGGGACGGGAAGUUGUGCCUCAUGUUCCGAGUUGGGAACCUGCGGAACAGCCACAUGGUCUCCGCACAGAUCAGGUGCAAACUUAUCAAGUCUCGUCAGACUCCUGAAGGAGAGUUUCUACCGUUGGAUCAGUGUGAGCUGGAUGUUGGAUUCGGCACUGGAGCAGACCAGCUUUUCCUCGUUUCUCCUCUAACCAUCUGUCACGAGAUCAACAACAACAGCCCCUUCUUUGAUCUCUCACAGCGAUCCCUCACCAGCGAGCAGUUUGAGAUUGUUGUGAUACUGGAGGGCAUCGUGGAGACCACUGGUAUGACGUGCCAAGCAAGGACUUCUUACACUGAGGAUGAAGUGUUGUGGGGCCAUCGGUUCCUCCCUGUCAUGUCGCUGGAAGAGGGCUUCUUCAGAGUCGACUACUCCCAAUUCCACAACACCUUUGAGGUCCCAACGCCUCCCUACAGCGUCAAAGAGCAAGAGGAGAGGUUAUCGUUAUCGUCGCCCAACCCGCUACCAGUUGCACCAACUCCCCCUUCACCUCUAUUAGGUAAUGGAGGGCGUUCGAGCCGGCGGGAAAGGCUCCUGUCAGCCGACAAUGCGGAGCACACGGAAGAGAAAGCCUACAGGCUGCCUAUGAAACUCCAGCGCAUGAGCUCUGCCAGAGAGGACAAGUUAUGGAAAGGGCUGAAGAUGGGGCCUGCUUUGCCUGGAGGUAAAGCCUCCAGCACGGGAGAUCUACCACUUAGCAUUCAAAGGGUGGGCUCCAGCUCCAUUCCAGGCGUUGGUCAGGUGCAUCCAGAGGAGCUGGUGCAGCUGUUGUUCACAGAUGACGUGGAAGAGGGAGAUCUGGAGAAACACAGACAGGCAGGAGGCAGUAACACCUGUGCUGCUCCAGCCCAAGCAUCAGUCCAGAUCUCACUGGCGGGGACUUGGGCGGAGGACAACCUGCCCGCUAAACUUCGCAAAAUGAAUCGCUGACCCCCACCCUUCAGGAAAAAAAGCUAAAUCAAGCUUGACGGGCAUUGCUCACCACUAAAGACUACUGUGAUUUCCUGUUUUAUCCUUUCCUUAUUUUGUAUUUUACAUUACUUUCAAGCUCAAAGCUAUCUCUUGCCACAGAUUAAACAUAAGCCAUGCAUCUGCUCAUGCUGAGUCACUUUUGAUAGAUCACCAUCUGUGUCCCCCACUGAAUCCAAACACAUCUAUUCCUGAACUUUUUCUUUUUAUUUCAGGUCAGAACCACAUGAAAGGCUUUGUUGUUGCUAGAAACUGCUGUACCUUAUUUUUGAUUUGAACAACCAUCGGCGUGGGAGUUAUAAAUGAAGCUCUAUUGACCAUUUGCUAAACCCUCAACUGUAAUUGUCUGUCUGUUGGUAAGGAAACAAUCAGGAUCAGAUGGUCAGAUCAGUUCUAGACUAGUGCAAACACCAAACUAGUUUGCAAGCUUUUUUCAUAUAUAUACAUAUAAAUACAUUUCAUACAUAUUUUUUGACUUUCAGGUCUUUAACCCUUUGACACAGGUGCUAUAGCGCCAGUGUUGACAUUCUUUUGACUAGCGUAACUCUUCAACCGGGUACGCAAAUGAGGUUAUUGCAGCAAUUUCUGUUGUGGAGAAAAGGGGCUUUAUGAACAUUUUAUGUUUGUAACAUGUUAAGUAAUGGCGCAAAGUCGCUUUGCUCCAAGCCAGAAUCAGCUGAUUAACAUUGAUUACGUAAAAGGUCUGUACAUGCGGGUAUAUGUUUGUUUGCUCCGCAGCGAGCAAAUGGGAGAAUAAUUGCAAUUGAUAACACGCGAAAUAUCUGCAUGUUUCAAGAUGAUUUUUGCUCAUUCAUUAUUUACAUUUGUGGUGAUAGCGUUAAGAUGAAAGGUUACGAUAAAGCACUGUUUAAAGCGACCCUAAAGCAUCGUCAUAGCUGUAUCAAAGCAGUCUACUAACAACAGAUGCAAUUCCACAAAAUCGUCACUAUGACAAAGCAUCAAAGUGACGUGGUGUUGUCACGUUAUAGCAUUAUCAAAGUGUUAGCAGUCAACAGAAGGUGUACAUUCUCACCUGCUCCAACUGCCAGAUGACCUUGAUUUAUAAAAUCACUGCUGUCCAGCAGUGACACGCCCACCACACCAGUGUAAACAAAAAUCACUAGUUGUCAAGUAAACAGACAGUUUUGGCAUCUAAAAGGUUUGCUAGGUAUCACCUUUUUGGCAAUGGUAGAACAAAUACAACAUCAGUUUUAGAAAAAGAUUUUACUUAAAAUGAUGGGUUUGCAGGAAUACUGACAUAAGGAGAUAUGUUUAGCUGUUUAUUUAAAGACCCACUCCAAUCAUCUUUUGAUCUAUUGUGAAAGAGCUCCCAGUGGUUUUGUAAUCCAAAAAUCGUUCACCUCUGAGUUGUGGGCUGGUCCAUUAGUGAGGAGAAAUCCCACCCCCAUUUAUCUUCCCAUUGCUGAGCUUGUGGCCCACCAAGCAUAUUUUUUACAUCACAAAACAAGCUUUUUUGAAUAAAGAAAUACUCCGAAGUGGAAUUUUAGGCUUCAUUUUCUUAGAAUAUGUUCUCCGUCAUGAGAAAAAUACUACAAGAUCUUAAAAACACCGAAAAACAUGAUUUUGAUUGGAGUGGGUCUUUAAAUCAAAAGUAAUGUUACUACUUCUAAUUAACAAAAAAAAUCUUUUGUUGACCAUAAAGUAAAGAGAGUACCAUGCUGUUGGGGAGAUUGAAACUUGUGUAUGCCAACUGUGUUCAAAAUUUCAACUAGUCUGCUACAGCACCCCAUGCAUCACCUGCUGGAAUGACAAAACCAAUCCCUUAUUAAAUUUUCAAAGUUAUGUCUUCACGUUGGAAUUUUCCAGGCUAUGGAGGAAUUUUUUAGAGGAUAAGAGUAAAACAAACUCCAAUCCUCCGGCUGCAAGGUUAACCGGUUUCACUCAACCUUCUUUUUACUUGAAAUGAAAGCCCCUGACCUUCAUCUGUAGCUGCGGAUUCAGCUAAUCAUGUUGUCUUCAAGCCGACAUAAGUCACAGUGUUUACCAACGUGCUCCUCCCAACUGAGAUGUGGCCGUCAAGAUGAAAAGGAUUUCCUGCCAUAUUACAUCUGAGGACGUCCAGGACUUAUUAAUCGCACUGCAGAGGAAAGCAGAAACAUUUGCGUUCUUAAUUUAUCGACAGAAAAAAAUGACCUCCGUUCAGUUAAAGAUAAGGGUCGACCCCGGUAAACGAUGAGGGAAGGAACCCUGGAGAACAUUUAUCACACAGUAAUUACGGAGAAUAUUCAUUGAUUAUUCUUUUUAUCGCACUUCCCCUGCAGGAAAUGUGUGCAAAUUUACAUCAUUUUUUGUAACUUUUUUUAAUGGUAAAGUUAAAAGCUUUUUUGUCACACAGGCACUAUGUACUGUGCAUUUUACGCAUAUUGCACGAAUGAAAAUUGGUCAUACGUGAAUAUACAUGAAAAAAAGUGAGAAAAAUUGAGGUCUUUAUGUGAAAUUGUCAAAGAUGUAUCAUGAAUGAACUGUGUUAAAACCACAGAAGUACAAAUAAACCACGCAAACAGCACAGCAAUCAACGUAGAACAUGAACCGUGCGUGAUAAUUGAGCUGUUUAUAUGCAAUUCUUUAGUGAUUCAUGCGUCAAUUACGUAAUUUAAACGUGAUACAUGCGCCGAAUACGCGAUAAAAAUCAGUGGUAAAUGUGUGAAAAGUCCAGUAGACAUACGUUCGUGUUGCAAAAAUCUAACAAUUGCUUAGAAUUUACGUAAUAAUUGCGUAUAAAAGCAAAAUACUGCGUAAUUCUCAAACGACCAAUGAUUUUGAACAUCGAUGGAUGACGAACGCAAGAAACUCUUAUGAAUUACAUAUAUCACGCACGUAUCACGAAAUACCAAAAUUUCAUACGUAAAUGCGUAAAAUGUGGCUCUGUGGCAUGGCUUUUUAUAAAUCCAUCUUAACAGACAUAAGUGACCGAUAUCUUUAAUCAAAUUUACUGCAAAUCAACACCAGCAAUGCUAAAAAAAGUGUUUUUUAUUUAAGUACAGUGAAGAAGUUUUGCUUCCAGGGAAGCCCAUCAGGAGAUUUUUCACAGAACAGCAUACUUUUUCUCUGCUACAUUAACUUCACUGCUACACUAAUAGAAUAUCAUUUUACAAAUGAAUAUUUCAUCUAAAGGAGAUGUAAAUCGAUUGUUUGUUGAAGACAAACUGUGAGAACAGCCCCUGGCGGAGGAUGACAGUGGAGUAGAGUAAUGGCGUGAGGAAGUUCUUCAAAACACAAGUGGAUGGAAGAAGUGUCACUUUUAAAGCCAUAAAAGGAGCAUUUUCAAUUUAAAUUUUUUUCUUUUUUAUUUGUUUUUGUAUCUGCUGAGAUUUAACAUACUUCAUGUCAGUUAUUUGCUCUGUUACUCUUGAAACUCUUCAAUGUAAUCUGUUGGUCUCUCAUUAAAAUACAGUUGAGACAAAUUGGCCGUUUUGGAAUUAUCUUGACUGAGUUGGGUUAUAGCAAGCUUCAAAUAUUAGACCUUGAUUUAUCAUGGCAAUUAGAAUUUAAUGAGAUCAGUUGAUUGUUUUUUGUGUGUGUGUUGCAAAGGGAUGGGCUAACUAUGGCCAAAUGCGGCCUGUUACACUAUUUAAUCUGGCCCGCCAAACUGGAAUAAAUUGCAUUAUUAAUACUUACAAUUUUUUAUUUUCCCUUUAAUUCUGGUGUCUCCCCAUAGAUCCUUUGUUUAGGUGCAGGAAGUUGUUCUGCCGUCAUGUGGCGUUGGAAGAUUUGUUGUUUUUCUGACAUUCACGUGAAUUUUCAGGCAUUUUUCUGAUCAUUCCAACACCACAUGAACGCAAUUCAAUUGGAUUUUAUUCAUAUAGCCCAUAUCACAACACAGUUGUCUGAACGGACUUGAUAAUUGUAAAAAAAUUUGAAUCAGUCAUAAAAUAUGAACAAUAUCAGCGUUUCUCUGAGUUUGUGUUUUUACCUGAGGGACAUCAACCUAUUGGUUCAAUGGGCACUAACAUUAGAAUAAAAGCCACAGAUUUGAAAUAAUUCCAAAAUGUUCUGUUUUAAAAUCAAUUUUCAAAUCAAAAUUAAAGCAUGCUUUUGUUCAGAUUCUAUCAUUUCUCUCAUGAUGUAGAUUACAAAACAUUGCUGGUCCGGCCCUUCUGUCAGUUUUUAGAACCCUUUGUUGCCCACAUGUCAGGAGCUGGUAGUGAAGGACCCAAAAUGCAGGAGACUGGACUCUGUGACGGAAAAAAACAUUUAAUAAAUAAAGUGAAACAUGACAACACCCAGGGUGCAACAAACAAGUCCCAAAACAGAACAGAGUAGACGACCUGAAAAGGAUGAAGAGAAAACCAAACACUUAAAUAGGCUGAGGGUAAUUACUGUAACUGAACUGAAGACAGCUGUGGAUCAUGAACCUGAAACUGGAGUAACUGAGAAAAAGGAAACCAAAAACAUGACCAACAUCAACAAAACCUCACUAAACCACAGAAUCUUUUCACCACAACUCAAAAGGUUUGCCCACCCUUGGUAUAGCACCUUGAGACAACUUCAGUAUGGAAUUGGUUCUUUGUGCUGAACAAUUGGGGAUUUUUUUCCACAAAGUUUAAAAUGUAAUGCUAUUUUCCAAGUUACUGUUGAUUUCACUACUUUAAUGGGGCCUUUGAGUGAAAUCUGAUCAUAUCAGCAAACCACACAAUAUAUAAAACAAAACAGCCUUUAAUGAAGAAAUUACUUUAGUUGGGACUUCAAAGAUUCAAUUUGCAAAAAAAAAUCAAAAAAAGUCGACUCCAUUGUUGAGUUUACUUUUUUUAAAGUCAAAUCAAAAUGUCUCGGAGUAAAUUGGCGAAAACAAAAGAAAAGAAGAAAAACGUUAAUGAGUAAAUUUAGUCUUAAAAACAUUAGCUUGCAUGUUUUAUGCUUGUAGCCCUUUGUGCUUAAAAAAAAAGUUAAGUUAAACAAAAGUUAACGUUUAAACUUUACACAAGUUGUAUACACAGAAAUAACAAUAAUGCAUUUUUGUUAUCAUAUUCUAAAUAAUAAAAAAAAUGAUGAAAUAAAAGCUAGUGUUGUUAACUGGAGAAAAAGACAAGUUGGAGAAGUGCAAAGGUGUUAAUAUCUUUCUGUUUGGCCUGUGGUAGACUUUUUUUGGUUGAGUUUUCGCACCUUCCAAGCUAAGUAGGCCACCUAAGGAUGACCGGUGUGAACCAGGCACCUCAGUGUGAAAGCGCCCCAAGUUAGAGGCUACAACUGUUGAGGGCACUUAAAGAGCAACAAGAGGUGUUAGAAACAACCGUCAUUUACAAAAGAUCUUAUGUUGGGCAACUUAAAUUUCCACUCUUGUCAUCUUUCGCUCUAUUUUAAAAGCGUUCCCAGUGGUCUAUAAUCAUAGUUAUGCAGUUUGUAGGCUAAAUAAAAGAAAAAAAAGUCAUUUUCUAGGACAUAGUUUCUACAGAGCGACAGUAGUUCAUUAGAAAUUCACCUCGAAAUUGUGGGCGGGACUGUUGGCAUGGUGUAAGCACGCCCCCUUCCCAUCAUUUCUCUGCUUACAUGUUCUCCCGCUACUUUAGAGCCUCUCACAAUCCCAAACUAACAUUAGCGGUGCAGCAAAAAUAGCGAGCGAUAUUGGAGCUAACUUCUACAUCACAGUUUCAAGCUUUUUCCACUGCAUUUUUUUGUCUGUUCCUGAUUCACAACGAUUUGAAUAAAAAAAUACUUAGACAUGCAAUUUUGAGAUCAAUGUCCUAUAUCAACAGAAAAUACCACAAGAACAUGUUAAAAACACCAAAACACAGUUUUCCUUGGGGUAGGUCUUUAAACUGCUGUUUUUUUUGUAUAUUUAUCACAAGAGUUCAACAUAAAGCUUAUAAAUCCCUUACUUUGUUUAAUUUAUGUUAUGAACCAACUUGGUUCUGUCUACCCUGCUGAUUUCCUUAAGUUCAUAUGACUUGAAAUGUAAAUGUAAAAGCUUUUUAUCAAUAAACAAGUAGGACCGAGAUAAAAACAAGGUCGUCACAUCUCUCAGCAAUAUUCUUUUAUCUAAUGCUUAUCAUUCCUACAAUUAUGUGAUCUCCAUUACCACCUGGAGUUUGUGUCAUUUCAGGCUGAACUUGCCGCCACGCGGGCAAAGCAUGGCCGUGCACGUCACAUGUCUGAGUUUUUGUUUUGUGCUCAGGGGAACACAUCAGGAGUCUCUCAAGGGGUGCAGAGUGAACAGAUAACACAUCCACAUUGACCAGAUGCUCAUGCAUAGUCAAUGAGAAUCAAAAAAACUUGUCACUUCCAUGCAAUGCCAUUAGCGUUGCCAAGAAUUGUAUGCUCAUCUCAGAUCUAAGGAUUAAGCCAAGCUACGUUUUAACCUCUUGACAUGUGCAGACAUUAACCAGGAUGGAGCAGCCAUUAAUUAAUAUAUCUGGAUACUUCUAGCAUUAAAGAUGUGUGAAGCAUUUUCUCUCCAGGAUGAAGAGCCCAUUAAACCACUGAACAGUUGCAGUGGGAGCUUUCCACCUUUAUUAGACUGUGGCCAGACAACAUGAAAAAAAAAAAAAAGGAAGAAAAGAAAACCCAUUGUAUGUGAGCAAUAAAAACUGCCUCAGAAGCAGACACUUGCCAGCACUUUCUACUGAUCCAGAUAAUGUUUUAUUCAAAAGCACAAAAAAAUCCAAAAACAUCCAAAUGAUGACAGGAGAAUCAAAUAGAUUUUCUGAUCGCUCCUUUGGAUCAUCCAGCAUCAUUUAUUCCAGGCGUCAUCUGGUUUUCGUGCCCACAGGCUCGCUUGUAGCAACACAGUAAAUUUUGCUGGGCUUUUCUCUGCUGAAUCUCAAUUGCCUCGCCUUUUCCAGGAGCCGCUGGACAAAAAGCUAUUUGAUGUUGAGUCUUAUUUUUACAUAAAAAGCUAGACUGUGCUCCUGUCUUUUGCCGUGGACCUCGCCUCUGGCUCGUCUCACGCCCCCAGCUGUCCCCCAGUUCCAUGUGGAUGAAGCCCAUCUGCUGGACUAUUUAAACAUGUAGUUGUAGAGUUUGAUAAGCUAAUUCUUCUUUAACAGCCCUGUUACAUCGCCUGUCCGUCCUGGAAGAAGAUCCCUCCUUUAUGGGGACAUCCCUGAGGUUUUUCUUUUAUUUCCCCUGGAAUCGGGCUUUGGGAGCUUUUCCUUACCGAGAUUUAGAGUUAAAGGAAAAGACGAAAGAGGGAAAGGUUUCAACUUUUUUAACCCAUUGAGCUUUGUAAUGUCUAAAAGAAAAUGAAUAAUUUUAUUUUGUAGCAAAUAAACUGUAAUGUAUUAUGCCUAUGA